AUGUUGGAAAAUGCCCGGUGUAAUGAAUAUCCUGAUAGAGGUACUUGUGAAGAUCGCGGGUUCACGAUAAAAUGGUACUAUGAUCGAUACGCACAUCGUUGUAGAGAAUUUCAUUAUGGUGGUUGCGAGGGCAAUGGAAAUCAUUUUGAUUCAUUUGAAGAAUGUAGUCAAGAGUGCAGAUACGAACCUUUAGAUGAUCCUAGCAGAAGAUGUGUAUUACCGCAUGACCCCGGUACUUGUGCUGGUAACUUUGAACGUUGGCAUUUUGAUAUACGAAUACGGCAAUGCGUUUGCAG